GCCCGUCGCCUCGCCCACCCCACCCCAUCCCCUGCUGCCUCCCGCGGCGGCCAUGAGCCACCGCGCGCUCCUCCUCGCCGCCCUCCUCCUCUGGAUCUCCGCCGCCGCGGCGUCCAGGCCGCCGCUCGACACCCUCGGCAUCCCGCCGCAAGAUGAGGCGUACUUCAGGGGCGGCGUGAUCAAGUGCAGGGACGGAUCGGGCAGGUUCACCAGGGACAAGCUCAACGACGACUUCUGCGACUGCCCCGACGGCACCGACGAGCCAGGGACAUCGGCGUGCCCGGAGGGGAAGUUCUACUGCCAGAAUGCCGGCCAUUCUCCUAUCACGAUCUUCUCGUCACGGGUGAAUGAUGGUAUCUGUGAUUGCUGUGAUGGGAGUGAUGAGUAUGAUAGCAAUGUCACUUGCAAGAAUACGUGCUGGGAGGCUGGUAAAGUGGCAAGGGAGAAAUUGAAGAAAAAAGUAGCUACUUAUAAAAGUGGAGUCGUUAUUCGUAACCAGGAAGUUCAAAAGGCAAAAGUGGCAUUUACUAAAGACGAUGCAGAGCUAGCAAAAUUGAAGGGUGAAGAGAAAAUACUCCAAGGCCUUGUUGACAAGCUCAAAGAACAAAAGAGAUUGAUUGAAAAGGCAGAGGAAGAGGAACGCUUAAGAAAAGAAAAGGAAGAAAAGAGGAUGAAAGAAGAAGCAGAAAAGCAAGCCGCUGAUGAAAAGAAAGUAUCAGAUGUCUCUCAGGAGGUAGAUUCUCACGAAAAUCAUGUGGACGUGCAAGAAGAUGAAAACAAGGAAGAUCCACAUCAUGAUGGACAUGUUACAAGUCAUGAAAAUUACACACCAGAAAGCCAGUCAUCUGCUGAGGAGCAUGUUCCUGAGAACCAAGAUGACAUUAGCAAAGGUGAAGAUGGUGAUGAAUCACCACCAAAGGAGAUACCUGCAGCACCUACCCAGGAGCAGGAACCCACUCCUGCUGACACAGAAGGUUUAUCAAGGGAGGAGUUGGGUCGCCUGGUGGCUUCCCGAUGGACUGGAGAAAAGGUUGGUGAGGCCAGUAAAGAUGAUAAAAAGGAGCACGAAGCUGAGCAUGACAUGCCAGAGCCUUCAGAAGGAACAAAUGAAGAUGAAUUUGAUAUAUCAGAACAUGCAGAAGACAACUAUAGCGGUUACCAUUCAGAAAUUGAGGAUGACAGACAUAAAUAUGAUGAUGAAGACUUCUCGCAUGAAUCAGACAAUGAAUAUGCUGAUGAUCAUGAUGAGCAUGUUGAAUCAUACAAGUCUGAUGAUGAUAAAAAAAGUGACGACCAUUCAGAUUUAACUGCCUCCGGGCAAGCAUCAUGGCUGGACAAAAUUCAGCAAACUGUACAAAAUGUUUUACAAGCAUUCAACUUUUUCAAGACCCCUGUUGAUUUAUCUGAGGCUUCUCAUGUUCGUAAGGAGUAUGAUGAUGCAAGCUCAAAGCUGUCCAAAAUUCAGUCUAGGAUAUCCACUCUUACCGAUAAGCUAAAACAUGACUUUGGUAAGGAGAAGGAGUUCUAUUACUUUUAUGACCAGUGCUUUGAAAGCAAGGAGGGCAAGUAUGUUUACAAGGUAUGUCCAUUCAAGAAAGCUUCACAGGUUGAAGGACAUAGUACCACCAGCCUGGGGCGCUGGGAUAAAUUUGAAGAAUCCUACAGACUAAUGCAAUUUUCAAAUGGAGACAGAUGCUGGAAUGGCCCUGACCGAAGUUUGAAGGUUAGACUCAGAUGUGGGUUGAGUAAUGAGAUUAAUGACGUCGACGAACCUAGCAGAUGCGAGUAUGUGGCUGUAUUAUCUACUCCAGCGCUCUGCGUUGAAGAGAAGCUGAAGGAAUUGGAACAGAAGCUUGAGGGCAUGUCUUUGAACCAGAGUGGCCAUGAUGAACUCUAAACUAUUACGGGUGGAGAGAACUCUAAUAAUGAACCAGGAAACAACUCUCACCAUUACAGCCAUACUCAUAAGAGAGGUUGGCAGGUUAUAUGAAUAGAGUAGCAUGAAAUUGGAAUUCUUGGAAUUCAGCUCUCGGAUUGCCACCGAAGCAGUGUUAGUUUGGCAAGAAAAUUUUUUAACAAAGCCGUAGGAUAUCGAUAUCGCAAAAUUCCUCACCCUGAUUUGUCGGUAGAAUUUCAUACCACUGUAAACGUUUUACUCAAUUUUUCUAGGCCAUCCCGAAGAUGCUAGACUGUUGUUUGUAAAAAUCUGAGUGUUUCUGAGUUAUGCAUAGUAUAUUUAUGAACUAUAUCCUGGAUACUUCAGAAACUUAGUUUGUGGAUUGAGCAUCGGCCGGUGGAUAUUUAUGAACUAUUUCUGUCGUUUAUUUACCACUACUCCAGAAUAUGUAAUACUACUAAUUAUCCAGAA